AUGAUUGUCACGAAACAAAUCUCUUCAUCCGGGGUAUUCGCAGUUACUUUUAUGUUAUUACUAUUAUGUUUGUUGGGAUGUGAAGUUUGGGCACAGUUUGAGCCUAAUAGAGAAUGUUUCUGCAAAUUACAGGGAAUCAUCGAUGAUUGUCGAUGUACAGCGGAGAGCAUUGAUGAUUUCAACAACUAUGAGGUCUUUCCCAUAUUGCAGAAGCUCCUAACUCGUGAUUUUUUCAGGUUUUAUAAAGUUAACAUGGAAAAGACAUGUCCAUUUUGGCCAGAUGAUCGACAGUGCUUGAGCAAGGAAUGUGGCAUUGGUUAUUGUGAUGACGAAGUUCCAUCAGGCUUGAAACAACCAGCCAGCAUAUCAGUGGUUCGUUCUGAACUCAUUCGAACUUCUUUGAAAAAUGAUUCUCUUAUAACUCAGAUUGGUGGAACUGAUUCAACCUGUGAAAAAGAAGAAAGUAAUGCAUUUGAUCCGCUGGAUACAACUUUAACGGAAGGUGAUCGACGACAACUGAAUGACAUGGACUGGCACGAUGAAAAUGAAGAUAAAUUUUGUGACUUCGAAGAUGAAGGAUCAGCAGAUAUGCAUUAUGUCGACUUAUCCAGAAACCCUGAACGAUAUACGGGUUACAAAGGCGAUAGCGCACAGAAAGUGUGGACUUGUAUUUAUCAAGAGAACUGUUUCAAACCAAAUAUGAAAUUUGACAAAAAUUUCCUUGUUCAUCCUAAUUCCUUCGGAAUGUGCUUUGAAAAACGUGUUUUCUAUCGUUUGAUUUCGGGUCUACAUUCUGCGAUUACUAUAUCGAUCGCUUCUAACAGUUUCAAUUCAAAUCAUGUUGGUUUUGGAGAUGGAAUUUGGUUUAGAAAUACGGAGCUUUUCAAAAAUCGUUUCGGGACAAAAUGGACACCUGAAGGACCACAGAGGCUAAAAAAUAUUUAUUUCGUCUAUCUUUUUGAACUGAGAGCACUCGUAAAAGCAGCACCUUAUUUUCGCAAAGAAUUAUUUUACACUGGGAAUCCAAAGGAAGAUGCAGAAACACGUAAAACAGUGGAAGAAUUAAUGAGUGCUUUGAAAAAAUUCAGUGAUCCUUUCGAUGAGACUGAAAUGUUCACAGGUGUUGAAGCAACGGCCCGGGAAUUGCGUGAAGAAUUCCGUCAACAUUUUUUCAACAUUUCACGAAUUAUGGAUUGUGUUGGCUGUGAUAAAUGUCGUUUGUGGGGAAAACUGCAGACACAUGGAAUGGGCACAGCACUGAAAAUAUUAUUUUCUGAUUUACCAACUUCUCAUUAUAAAACUCAAGAUGGCAUUGUUCAUCCACCUUUCCAGUUAACAAGGAAUGAGGUCGUUUCGUUGUUCCAAAGUUUCGGUAGAUAUGCAUCAAGCAUCAGGGAAGUUGAUGAAUUCCGUCGUGUAUUGACUUAG